GAGUUCGAAUUAACGGAAAGGCAGUCAUUGCCCCAUUUUUUAAAUAACCUCUCAGAUGAAGAUAUCGCUACACUCCGUUGUAAGUUUAAUAUCAGAACACCAAAUAUGGAAUCAAGGGUUCAAAGUCAUAGGCUUAAACAUCAAAACAAACCCCACGUGCGCGCGGGAAAAUCAUAUCAUCAAGGAAAUUGAGUUAGUACAUAUUUAAGCUAGUCCAUUUUUUGAAAUAUUAAAAAUUAUAUAUAAAACGUUUAUUUACUUUGUGCUGGGUGCUUGUUCUCGGCUAAACUAUUUGUUGUAGAUAGUUUGUGGAAGAAUUAGUAUGGAAACAGAAAAGACAGGUGAGAAAAACUGUAUUUUCUUUAUGAAAGUUGUCUCGCCAAAUGUUUUACCUUUUUUUCAAUGAGUGUUUUCUUGUUUGUAGAAGAAUCAAGUUCGAACGUUAUCGGGGAAAAGCUUUUAUACAAAGCCAUUAUAAGGGAAACUAGGGAAGAAUUAGGUUGCUUGAAGCAAAAUAUAAACAAAGCAAAGUACUCAAUAAUCGUUGACAGUUCUUCGGAAGAUGAAUGCAACACAGAGCUAAAUAAAAUAUUUUCAGAUGUUGAAAAAGAAGUUUCUAAGCAAACUAAAAGAUACAACCGCAGAAGAGAAAAGAAGCUUCAAGCACUUCAAGAUGAAGUUAUAAUUACCCAUGAUGAAAGAUCGGAUUCACCUGCCGAAAAGCAAAGUGAUGGAAUUAAUACGGAAUUCCCUGAAAAGGUCAUCACAGAAAAUGUAACCACCUUUCAAUGUGAUAAAUGCGACGCAAACUAUACACGCAAAAAUAAGUUAAAAGCGCAUAUGUUGAAGAAACAUAACACUACGUUAACUGAUCAGGGUAAGCGUUCAAAAUGUACAUUCCCUGGUUGUGAAGAGACUUUUUACCACAAAAGUAGAAUGAUAUCACACCUAAACACAUUCCAUGGUACGAAGACAAACGUUCGUAACUUGGUAUUUGAGGACAAACAGAUGUUCAUGGAAUGGAAAGAAAAAGAAGAAUUAGAUAAACACAUAUAUUUUUCAAAACAAAGAGGGGAUGGCGACUCUAAAUUAACGAAAUACGCUUAUUACGUUUGCCAGCAUGACGGGGACGGAAGAUCGCAUAGAAAAAAAGGUGAACCAGCUCGAAAAACAGAGAAAAAAUUUAAACGCGGUCAGAUUAAAACAGGACGCUUUUGCCCAACUAGAUUGACCUGUCACAUGGACAAAGUUAAUAAAGAAAUUAGAGUAGAGUAUAUCACAUCUCAUAGCCACGCAGUCAAUUUAGAAAAUACUGUUUUUCAACCCAUACCAUCAACCAUCCGCCAGGAAAUAAAGGCAAAACUGUCUAUUGGUAUACCAGUCAACGAAGUAUACAAGGACUUACGUGACGGGAUGGGUAACCGUAAUACCAGGGAAAACGACUCAAAAAUAACGCGGGCACAUCUGGUCAGUAAGAGCAAUGUUACCGACAUAAAAAGACACAUAAAAUACGGUAGAAGGCUACACCCUGAUGACAGCACAUCAACUCACUUGUUGGUGAAAAAAUUAGAAAUGGAAAAUUACAACUGUAUUAUUGUGUAUAAGCCACAGGGACAGUCAGUUGCUAUUGGGCCAAAAAUGUACGAUGAUAUCGAUAUCAAAAAGGAUCUCUUUGCAAUCGGAAUUCAAACAAGGGAACAGCUGGAAAUGUUCAUUAAGGGUGCAAACAAAGUACAUUGUAUAGAUGGCACCCACAGCACGAACAAGUAUGAGUUCCCAUUGACAACUGUGAUCGUGCCGGAUGAAUUUAAUAAAGGUUAUCCAGUGGGUUGGUUGAUAUCCAAUCGAAAUGACGAAUUAACUCUCCGGCCAUUCUUAGAAGAAAUAAAAAGCAGAUGUCCUGACGACUUCACAGUUAACUGUUUGAUGACAGACGAUGAUAAUUCCGGAUGGAACGCAUUUUCUGCUAUUUUUGGAGAAACUAAGCACCUUCUGUGUAAGUGGCACAUAACCCGGGCUUGGCGCAGGAAUCUGAAAUUAGUUCCAGAAAGUCAGCAAGAUGAAGUAAUGCAACACCUUUUGGUUAUUUUAAAUGAAAAAGAUGCUUCACAAUUUGAAAUUCUGCAAAGGGGAUUCCUCAAAAAAUGUUCUGUAAUUGCUCCUGCUUUUGCCAAGUACUUUCAGGACCGCUAUGUUCGAAGGGCCGAAAAAUGGGCGAUGUGUUACAGGCAGUUUGAACAUUGCAACACAGAUACUAAUAUGUUUGUUGAAUCGUUUCAUAACAAACUGAAAACAUUCUUUAUGGAAAGAAGACCGAAUAAAAGAAUUGACGACCUCAUCAAUUUGCUGCUAACCAUUGAAGAAGAGGACUAUUGGCGUAGAAAGAGAAGCCUGACUUAUUACGGAAAUUUAAAAAAUAUUUCUAUUGAGGACUCAAGGCAUACCAAAGGUUUAAACAUAUCAGACGCUAAAGUGGAAAAGCUGUCAGAAAGUGAAUGGACAGUACAGUCCCAAAGUCGCGAUGGAUGCCAGUACAACGUGAGGAUGCUGGAAAACAAAUGCACCGACAACGAUUGCUUGGAUAGGUGAGUAAAAAAUGUUAUAAUACGAAAUACAAAAAAAACAAAACAAAAUUUAAAGGUUAGAAGUUUGAAGAUUGAGGAGAAAUUUAAAAACUUAAAACUCGCUGUAAAAUGAUUUCAUACAUUUGUUUGUUUCCUAAUGCGAAAUAUAAUAUUUAUAUAUUUUGUAAUAACAUUCUUUUAU